CCGGCACAGUCCGCCACUAGCCAUAGUUACGAAAGCUUGGUUUUGAAGGCAGGCGCUAACGUGAAAUUUAAAUAAGUACAUGGCAGUAAAUAACUACGAUUAGUGAUUUAACGUGAUCAGUUUUUAUAGUGUUCUAUAUCUACAAAUUAGUGAAUAUUUAUUUGUUUUGGAUAUCAUUUAAACUCUUUAAGAACAGAAAUGAACUUCUUAGUUAUAGUUCUAAUUGGACUAAUAAUGCCAUUUUCCAGAAGCGAGCCCUAUGUUCAUAUAUUGUCGGAAAAUUUAGACCAAGUUGUGACAUCCACUACACUUCAAUGGUAUCCCGCAAGUGGCAUUAAUACAUUUUUACUUCAAAAUGCAGUCGUUGGAGCGAACCAAACUUUAAAAGGUUCCGUAAGUUAUGAUGACACGAGUGAUGAAUCGGUUUCAACAAAGCCAGUAUAUAUUUGCAGAGCAAAAGCCAAUGGUAUAUGGGUGACUGGGCAAUUGCGACUAGACAAAAACGUAUGCAUUGUUUCCCAUUACAAUCAUGUUAACGAGGAGAAAAACUUUGAAAUCCUAAUCAACAUUGAAAAUAGUGCCAGGCUUAGCUGGGUCUAUCGUGAUAAAUAUACUCUUAACCCGCAGGGUGCUGUUUGCAGCGACGAGCAACACACAUUGUUUAUAGCUAGAAGAAAAGCUAAGGUUCAUGGAAAGGGUGGGUCUCUAAGUUAUUACGUUGGCAUAUUUGAUUCUACCGAGGAUCUUGGCGUUUUUCAUUUAGUAGAUCAAAAUAACAACGAAAUAGAAUUUGAAGAUGGUGAAAUAUUAGUUGAAUCAGAGCCCGUGCGCUACGAAUUCAAAUCACUAAGAUUCGUACUUAGAAGAUCGCCUAAGAAAAAAACGAUCCUUGGGAAGGCAAUUUUAAAAAAUGAAGUGGAGGGAUUACAAAGAGUCGAAAGCGUUAUAAGUUACAAUUAUACUCACUUUCUAUCUUGGGGAAAGGGACACGGCCUACUCACGGGUUUGCCUUUUACUGUACAUCUUAAUAACGGCACUUCUUUAAAAGGAAAAUGGGGUAUUUCUGAAUCAGCUGAAAGAAUUGAGAUGGCACCAAUUGAAAGAUACUUGGAAACGGGAACGGCUGUUAACGUAACAUUGAUCGGUAAUUAUACAGAAACUGAUGUUCCUUAUACCGCUACGGUUGUUGCAAUAUACAAGGAUGAGAAACGCCGCGAAUGGGUUAUUCACGAAAGCAAACGCGAAAAGAAAAUGGAUGAAGUAUAUGCCAAUUUUGAUCCAUUGUACUUUAUACAUAACAAUAGUCAUGUUCCAACCACCACCACAACCACCAGUACUACCACAACGACGACCACAUCAAAAACCACUACUACAACCCAAGAAGCAAACCCAAUAUCCUUACCUCCACAAGUCAUUAUUAUUAAGCAAGGGGAAGGUUCUUUAAAAAAGGAAAAAAACGACAUUUUACUAGAUGAUAGUGAUAGCAAUGCUUCUUCAUUAAUGAAAAAUCCCGCUGCAGUGGAAAGUAGUACAAACAGAAAUGUGAUCGAGAUUUUCUUAUUGGCAAGUGUGAUGGCUAUAUUAAGGCUUACGUAAAUUAAAACUUAUUGUAAAAAGUCGGUGCGCUAAAUUAUAAAAGGUAUUAAAAAGCUUAUAGUGAAGAAAGGCUUUAUUAUACAUAUAAUAAGUUCUUUAUUUCCCUAGUUACAAACUUUUAAUUUAAAUCCUUCUGUAGUGUUUAUCAGUUAUUUGUAAAUAGACAGUGUAAAUAAAGACAGAUGAUAUAAGGAGUGAUUAAGUGACAAGUAACGUCCAUAUUUAGAGAGUAGUCGGGGUGUGAUGAACGGGAAAAAACUUGCAUUUACCUUAAUUAUAUUUUGCGAUUGUCAGAAAAUGUAGCGUGUGGUUAUAUAUUUUUGCUAAAAUGGAUGUGUGUAUGUAAUAAUAAAUGUCAAAAAUAUUGCGAUAUUAUUCUGGGUUGGCGAAUUGUCUGUCUAAAAACAAAUAACUUAAAUGGCCAAAUGAGAAAAUUAGUUAUAAACCUACUCUCUAAAAAUGAAUUGGACAAAAAUGACUAAUUGAAUAGUUAUUAGUGGCUGCUUUUUCACUUGUACCAUGGUUAACCAUGGAAUACCAUGUUAUCCCAAAAUUUAAUAGCCAAUUCUUAUGUAAAAUUGUCGCCUGAAUCCGAAAAUGUCAUCAAAAGUUAAAAAAGUUUUUGAGAUAUAGUCAAUUUUCCAUUUAAUAUAGAAUUGACUAUAUCUCAAAAACUGCUCCACUUUCAUCAUUUUUGACGGUAUUUUCGGAUUCAUGGGACUUUUUUACAUAAGAAUUGGCUGUUAACUUGUGGGAUACCAUGGUAAGCAUCCACUAAUAACUAUUAAACCUCGGACGGGCGCGCUUUUGGGAAUUACAUGAGCGGGCGCGCCGCGGUUUUUACACCGCAUUUGGUUCUUUACGUUUCUAGCUUACAUCUAACAAAAAAAUAUUUUGUGUAGUAAAGUAAGACAUAACAGCCUAAUUAAAUGUAAAAAACAAUUUAAACAAAUAUAUUUUUUAACUCAUCGGUUGUUAAUCCUUUACGUGAACUGUGUGUUAGCAUACACAAUAAUGCCCGUACACAUGCAUGUAAAAUGCGCAUUGAUAUUUAUGAAAAGUUUAUUAAUAAAUAAAAAUAACAUGACAGGGCGCGCUGCCGCAAACACACCGCAAAUUCGGCUGGAAAUGCCUUUUGCACCAAGACUGUUAGUAGGCGAAGCCAAUAACAUAAACAAGGAAUUCAUAGACGCACAAUAUUACAGAGCUGACCAUAUUUGAGUUCUAAGAGUAAAAUGUAAAUUUGCGGCUUUUUGCCGCCGGCGCUCCCGCCGGAGGGUUAAAUUAGUCAUUUCAAUUUUAUUCAUUUAAUUCAUUUUUAGAGAGUACCUAGUUUGUUUUAAUUUUUAAGUACAAAGUUAGAAUAAGGGAUGUCAAAGUUGUUUUU